AUCUGAAAUGCUAAACAAAGAAUGGACAACGCCCCACAAAAUUUCUCACCCUUACUUCUCUUCCCCCUUAGUCCCAACUUCUUCUACCAGCAAAGAAGUCUCAAUCCGAUCAUGUUCUUUUCAUCCAAAUCAAGAACACUAAUUCCGCGAUUACUGCUUCUUAGGACCGCAAUCCUAUUCUCAGUCCAAACUUCACAAGUCCAUGGAAGCUGCACCUCAGGCUGCGACUUAGCUCAAGGCUCCUACUACCCGUCGUCUGGCGACAAUUUAACUUACAUUGCCAGUCUUUUCAACAUCCCAACAGCAAGCAUAACCGACAGCAACCGGGCCAAUAUCAGCAUAGUUCCCGGCAGGGAUAAAGUCUUUGCCGGCAGAAUUAACAUACCCUUUACCUGUGACUGCAUCAAUAACAACUUUUUAGCCCAUGUUUUCAGCUACAAUGUCACGUCGUCAACCCAAACAACUUUUGAUACAAUCGCAAAAGGGUCCUAUUCCAAUUUGACCAGUGCCGCUUGGUUGAAGAGGUUCAAUUCUUAUCCCGAAAAUGGUGUUUCCGUCCCGCAUAUUGCUGUUUCGGACUUAGCUGAAGGCAGCCGAGACUUCAAGGCCAGGGGUGCCGUCAAUCAGUGGGUGAAGUUAUCGGUUGUUGGGGCUGCCGUAGCGACUUUUCUAGCAGCUCUUGCAUUACUUUUCUGGUGUUGCAAAUUGCGGAAGAGAGAAGGUAACCUUCGAAAAUUCAUGGGUCCAGAAAGGCCAGAUCUUGAUGACAAAGGGGAUGAUGAAUCACUGUUCUUCAGUUUUACAAGCAUAGAAAUUGCCACAGAUCAUUUUUCCGAGGAAAACAAACUUGGUCAAGGAGGAUUUGGUCCUGUCUACAAGGGUAAACUGGUUAACGGACUAGAGAUUGCAGUUAAAAGAUUGAAUAGAAUGUCAGGACAUGGAAUUGAACAAUUCAAGAAUGAAGUCAAAGUGAUCUCAAAGCUGCAACAUCGAAACCUUGUUAGACUUUUGGGCUCCUGCAUUGACAAAGAAGAGCGUUUAUUGGUAUACGAGUACUUGCCUAAUAACAGUCUAGAUUCAGUACUUUUUGAUACAGCAAAGCGGAAUAUAUUGGAUUGGAAAAGAAGGUUGAAAAUCAUUGAAGGGGUCGCUCAGGGGCUUUUGUACCUCCACAAGUAUUCUAGAUUAAAGAUCAUCCACAGAGAUCUGAAAACGAGCAACGUUUUAUUGGACGCAGACCUGAAUCCCAUAAUUUCAGAUUUUGGAACCGCCAGAAUUUUUGGAGAGAAUGAAAUGCGCGGAAGUACAAUGAACAUUGUGGGGACAUGUGGUUAUAUGUCUCCUGAAUAUGCCAUGGACGGGGUUUACUCCGAGAAGUCCGAUGUAUUUAGCUUUGGAGUCAUGAUUCUUGAGAUCAUAACUGGAAAGAAGAACACUUCGUUCUACGAUUCGGAUCGUCACCUGAACUUAAUAGGACAUGUCUGGGAUCUAUGGACAGAAGGAAGAAUUUCAGAAAUCACAGAUUCUUGUUUGGAUGAAACGGUCUCAACAAGUGAAGCACUAAAAUAUGUUCACGUUGGUUUAUUGUGUGUGCAAAAAAAUGCAGCAGAUAGACCAACAAUGUCGGACGUGGUAUCCAUGCUCCUCAAGGAAUCAAUGGCUCUUGCCACUCCUACGCGACCAGCUUUUGCUGAAAUUAUGACGAAGUUACCUCAAAAUCCAGAAUCUUGUUCUGUGAACGAGGUCACAAUUUCAGAUGUGCAGGGUAGAUGAUUAUUUUCUUGCUUUGUUUCACCAAGCUGUGGGUUAGGACAAAAGGACGUACCCGUUGUUGACUGGCGGGUGUUGCAAGUGGUAAUUGCAGACAGAGGAAGGUGAGAAGCAGGCCGUGCCCUCAGGUUAGGGGUGGCCACUGCAGAUAAUCAGUCUCAAUUCUUUUGCGGAUUCGUUUUGGUUUUGGAUUUGAGUUUGCUGACUAAUUAUUGAAGUAAUCAAACAUAAUUAUAUGUGUUUGGAUAGAGUAUUGUUUGAAAUAUUAUUUGGAAUAAUUACUGUAGCACUUUUCAUGAUGUGAUGCAUACGAGAUGAAAAAUAGUUGGGAAUAUAAAAAUGCGAAUUGAGAAAUGUGUU